GUUGUACGACCAGAAUUUCUUGACAAAUGGGACGAAAUUAAGCGGAAUCGGGCAUUACCACUGCGGAUUAUGUUUGGUCCGGUGAUGCAGGCCAAGGCUGCACCAGAAAAGGAAGACGAAGUGAUUGACUGGAGAGACCCUGUUAUGCGCAUGUUUAAAUUUAUGCAUGAUAAAGGUUAUCGGGUUAUUGACUUGUUGAAACGACUAGACAAAGAUAGGAGUAUGAGUGUUGACAGGCAAGAAUUCAAGAUAGGACUUGUGGCUGAAAAUAUACCUAUGACUGAGCACCAGUUAGACCAGGUUGUGACACGUCUAGAUACAGACAAGGAUGGGGAAGUAGAUAUGGGGGAGCUCAUCCGGGGUGAGAGGGACUUCCGGAAGAAGAUGAAGGCUCGUAUGAGGAAGAUGCUGAUUACAACAAAACCUGAUCCUACUAUGGCAAGAUUGAUGGAAAUUGACGAAAUGUGAUAUUUCUGAAAGUCACUUGGCUUGAAUUGAUUGGAUCUGCAUUGAAACUAAAUAAAACGAUAUGAAGUAGAUUGCUUUAAAUAAUGUUUAGGUGUCAGAGCUGGAAUGAGUAAAGUCUCGCCUGACUUAAAAAACUAGUGACGUCAAUGUGAAUACAUAUGUAAAAUAUAUAUUGAAUCGCUUGAAUGUUGGCACAUUAUUUUCAUUUUUCACGUAUCUGUCAUUCUGCAGUGUGUUUGAAUUAGAUAGAAUUCAGCUUUGAAUGCAUUAUGUUCAUACCAAUUCCAUUAGUGAUCUGUGCAGUGGAAAGGAUUAACAUGUAAUUUAUCCGGAGAUUAAGAGAAUGUUUAAUCACAUCUACAUUUUUGU